GACCCAUCGGAGCGAUGACAUCACUUUCACUGUGAACUAUCGGCCGAUGAUGCUGGGGGGUUAGGUUCGGCCUCGAACCGGAGGUGUAUAUAAGGAGGGUGGUAGACAACCCCAGCAUAACUUCAUCCACUCCUUCACCGAGCACUACAGUAAUGGCUUCCUUCAAGGCACUCAUUUUUGCUACCCUAUGCGCAGUGGCUUUUGCCGAAGAUGAUGUGGUCGAGAAGACAAUAGAGAAGAGGACAGCUGCUGGAGCUAUUGGUUAUGGUGCUGGAGCAUACCCUGGCUACGCUGCUGGAACUUACUCAGGUUAUUCUGCUGGAGCUUAUCCAGGCUACGCAUCGGGAGGUUAUCCUGGCUACUCUGGAGGUGCUUACCAAGGCUACACUGGUGGAGCCUAUAACCGAUACGGUGGAGCUUAUCCAAGUUACAGUGCUGGAUCUUAUCCAGGUUACAGUGCUGGAGCUUAUCCAGGUUACUCUGCCGGUGGAUACAAAAGCUAUGGAGGAUACAGUUCUUACCCAGGCUACACUGGCUCAGGCUAUGCUGGCUCAGGCUAUGCAGGCUCAGGCUAUGCUGGCUCAGGCUAUGGUGGCUCGGGCUAUGGUGGAUAUGGUGCUGGAUACGGUUCCACCGGAUACCCUGGAUAUUCGUCCUACUCUGGCUACGGUUCCAGCGCUUACCCAUCAGGCUAUGCUGGAAACUCCGGCUAUGGCGGCUACCCAGGAAAUGCUGGCUACACUGGAUCAGGAUAUUCUGGAUACGGAAGCCACUCCUACAAGGGAUGGUAAAGGAGUCAUUAAAGUGUUACCAACUUAACAAAGUCAUUUCCAUAUAAUUUCCGUCCCACCACAGAAGUCACAACUCAUUACCAGUUCUUUCGUUUUGUAAUAACUUCAUAAUAAAUUUUUUUACAUAAA